AUGAUACAUCUCAACCCUAAAAACCCAUUGGUAUCUUUACUUACUCAAGAUGCAUUGACCAUUCAUGAAGCGGUUACUGGGUGGGCAGCUGUAGCCAAAAGAACAUCAGGCAAAGUUCGCAUCCUAGACCUCAAACAGAGCAGGGUCAAGGAAUGCAUCAAUUGGGUUCAAGCUGUCACAGAAAUCAAAGACGCCUUAAUCAACAUAUUUCAAGCAAUCAAAAAAGCUAAUUGGGAAGCUGCUACACGACAUAUCCAAUGUUCCAAUGGAAUCAAUCAAGAAAUGAUUUGUAGCCAAUUUGCAGAAGCAGUGGUGCCUACGACCCAUAUCCCUGAACCACCUUUGAUUGCUUCAGAAAACUUUACAAACCAAUUAACUGGAAUCUUUUUGAAGGCUUUCACUCAGGCUGCUAAUUCAAAAGAUGAAGCUACUACUACUUGA